UUCUCGUUUUGCCUUCCAGAAGUUCAGGCUGCUGGCACCCGAAGCAGAUCCUUUGCCAACACCGGUACCUCCCUAUUCGGAGCUGAUAUUCCAGUUAACCACCCCCUAAAAACCCUCAUCGAUGCCUCUCUAAACUCCAUCAUCCAAGCCGUCUCCCUCAGGACCCUCCAAUCUUAUCUAACUGCAUGGAAAAGCUUCAAGUCUUUUCACCUGGCAUUCAACAUUCCCUUUCCCGAUUUUUCUGUCAUCACCAUCACCUCCUUCAUCUCCUUCCUAAACUCUUCAAAAAACCUCCAGGCCAGCUCAAUUAAAGGCUACAUGAGUGGAGUCCAGUUCUUCCACAAACUCAUAUUCAAUUCUCCUUCCGCAGCCAUAGCCAGCUCCCAAACAUCUAUGCUUAUCAAGGGCAUUCAACGUACCCAGCCUGCUCGCCAGGAUGCAAGGCAACCCAUAACCCUGGAUAUAUUGACCAGAUGCAUUUCCACCCUUCGUAAAGGAUACCACUCCAAACACGUCGAUCGCACACUCGACACCAUGUUUAUACUAGCAUUCUUUGGAUUUCUAAGAUGUUCAGAAAUUUCCACAACAUCCAUUUUCAACCCCCUAACCCAUCCAACGGUAUCCGACCUGUCAGUAGUCGAUUCAGAGACUAUGUCAUUUUCCAUUAAACAGAGCAAGACGGACCAAACCAGGAGAGGACAUUUCAUUUACAUAUUCAAUCUCCACUCACCAAUUCAACCUUAUCAGACCCUCCUAGCCUACCUCCACUUCAGGAAAUCCCAGACCACAACCACAUCGGAUCCUCUAUUCGUCGACGAGUCUAACCGCCCAGCUACACGCUUUUGGUUCCAAAAGCACCUCAAAGCUGUCCUGCUCCUAUCCGGUAUCCCUGCAGACCACUUUUCCGGCCACUCCUUCCGCAUAGGCGCAGCAACCACAGCAGCCCAAAAAGGCCUCUCGCACUCUCAAAUCCAAGCACUAGGGCGCUGGACAUCGGAAGCUUUUAAGAGCUACAUCAGGUCCGAUCGCUCUAUCAUCAGGGAAGCUCAUCGAACCCUCAUUUCCAAGAUCAUCUAGAGAAUUCAUACUUCACACGCAUGAGUUCGAACAUCCUCCAUGCCAGCCGAAAUCUCACUUACAGGAGAUCUCACCGCCGAUUCAGCCGGCUCAGGGGCCAGUGCUCAAGUCUCAGGCUCUGCAGCAGCAGUUUUAACAGCAGGAGUCAACAUCGCAGCAGCGACUACCCUGGCAGAGACCAACACUACGUUUCAAGCAAAGAAGCCAGCGUUGCCACAGCAACAGCCUCAGCCAAGGCCAGCUUUCCCAUUUCAAGCAUGGAGCCAAGUGCGGCAACUAAGAAUCAUCCACAGAAGCCUAUGCUUCCGUCACAAGGGCUGAAGCCAGCGUCGCAGCAGUGACCACCUCCACAGAGGUCAGUAGUUCCAUCACAGUGCCAAAGCCAGCGUCGCAGCAGCGAUCGCCUCCGCAGAGGCCUGUGCUUCCAUCUAAGGCACAGAAGCCAGCAUCACCGCAGUGACCGCCUCCGCAGAGGCCAGAGCUUCCAUCUAAUGCGCAGAAGCCAGCGUCGCCGCUGCGAUCGC